AGCUCAUCUCAUUUCCCUGGCAAAUGUAGUCACCACAACCAGUCGCACUUCUCUACUCCCUCCUCAAUCAUCACUAUACCGCCUCCCUUGUUUAUUUCUCAUUCCUCACAAGUCCCAAGAGGAUAAGAUGUCAUGGAGGCCAUGGGGGGAAUGGUACUUCACAUCUGCUUGCUGCUGGUCCUGCUAACAGAUGUCAGUGCAAGAUUCAUCCAUGUCCCUUCAUCAAUACGCCACGGUAUCGAGGGAAAGUCCCUCCGCCUGCCGGUUGAGAUAUACUUCCGUUUGGAUGAGGUGGAUAUCCAGGGAUCGUGGUCCCACACCACCACGAGCGGCAACAGGACCAUUCUGGUGACAUUUACCAAAGAGUCCUCCAUUCCUAACAUGAUGUACCGCAACCGCAUCUUUUUCAAAGAGCCCAAUAUGUCUUUGCUGAUACGAAUAUUAAACCAGCGCGAUGAAGGCGAUUAUCACCUCAACCUGAACAUCGAGUUUCUCAACAAGUCGGGGCGGGUUUUCAUAGAGGAGCACACAGUGCGUGUCACUGUGGAUGUUCCCGUAUCCACGCCAGUAAUCGAAAAGAGCCCAUCUUAUGCAGUCGUUGAAGACAAGGCCAACGUGACGUGGACAUGUUCGGUGGAGAGAGGAACGAGAGUUGUGUUUCAGUGGUACAGAGACAAUGUCCUUCUGGGUGUCAGUGACAGAUAUCACUUUUCCAAAGACAAGUCCACGCUACUGAUCAGUCCCGUGAAAAAGGAGGACAAGGGAAGUUACCGCUGUGUGGCGAGCAACCCCGUCAGCCAGGAGAGAUGCAGAAAGGCCUCGGAGCUCACCGUUUACUAUGGCCCGUACAACUUAGAGGUGAACUCUGACCAAGGCCUCCGCACAGGGGAGGUGUUCACCAUCAACCCAGGAGAAGUGGUCUUCUUUGAGUGCCAGGCUGAAUCCAACCCGCCCAACAGCUACGUGUGGCUCUCCAAGCGGCGCAACACGACGCGGGUCAUCACCGAGGGCCCGCACUUGGAGGUUGUCUCCUACAAACUGGCCCAGGCUGAGGAGUACCUGUGCCGUGCCUUCAACAAUGUCACGCAGAAGCAAGACGAGACCCAGUUUACCUUGGUGGUCGCCAGCCUUGGAACAGGAAAAGAGAAGCACACCCAGGAUAAUAAUGCUGUCUCCCCGCUGGCUGUUAUUACUUUGUGUUCUUUGUUCAUCAUCGGCAGCAUGCUGCUGGUAUUUUUUAGGAAAGCCUGUCACCCAAAAAGAGUGCUCAUGAGAAUUUAUAACAGAACAACUUUUUUUUGCAGACCAAUCUCUGAUCAGAAACGACCACAUCGAUCAGGCCAUGAAGAUGCAUCUGAAGACUUUGGCAUCUAUGAAUUUGUCUCCAUGCCUGGGAAAAUUGAAUCUGCACAAGCAUCAUGCAGAUCUCUGGCUCGGCUGGAGUCACUUCAGGAUAUGCACACCACAAUCUACGAUGUCAUCAGACAUGUUCCUGAAACCCCUGGGCAGAAUUUUCUCAAGUGACUUUUAAGUCCUCGCCUUAAAAAAUAUGAUUUGGGUAUGUCUUGAGACUCUUGUCAAAGCCCAAGGCACUGCUUUUAGUGACUCACUGUUUGCACAAGAGCUGAUAGAGACCUGUGCGAGUACACAAUCUUAUUGUGCACUGUUGUGGUCCACACUCCAGGACAGAUAAUUUAUUUGACUGAGGUCAUUUUGCUGUCAUCCCAUUUUUU